AUGUCUUCCCUCUUCUGCUGCGACUCUCCUCAGCCAUACCCUCGUGCAUCUCGCACCGACCACGACUCCAAAUUCAGCCCGUUCAUGACAGCAGCUCUCGGAAACGCCCUCCUAACACCUGCCCCCAGAAGUCUGGCCCUGACUAGCCCCUCCAACGAUUCGAACACUGAUACCACCCCCGCAAAUCUCGACGCUACAAACCCUAACCUCAACACCGACCCGGAAGGCAGAGUAACCCAAUACCCCUACAUCAUCCAAUUCGUCAAACAGAUCAACCACGGUCCCAUCGAAGCAAAACGAUAUUUCGCUCCGUCCCCCAACUCCUCAGACAGCAAUAUUACCACGGCAGCACCGCCUUACGUCGAGCUCGCGGAAGCAGAUCUUAUCAGUGCCAGCUUCGCCAAGGUGAAUACGUACAAGAAUUACCGCUGCUUGAAACACAAUCGCUUUUUUGAGUUGAAUCUCUAUGAGAAGGAUCCGAGCAAUAAGCAUCAUUGGCGUGCUGAUGUUGCGAGGCCUGCGGGGGAUAUCGAUUUGCUGGCUGACAGGAUUGGUCAAUGA